AUGCCACCACCUCCUGUCAAAACAACCAAAACGAACGUACCUACAAAGCCAACUUCCUCGCCUUCUACAAGAAAACCUCAAUCACCCCCCCUCGUUCCCGCGCAGAUAUCCACCUCGAAGGCCACAACCGUCCCGACCCUGCGAGCGAAGGAGAAGCUAAACCCACCACUUUUCACCUACGCCCCCGAGAUAUCUGUUCCUGCACGAAACCCAGACGUAAACGUUGUCAAAUGGUUAUAUCGCGCCGGUCGCGCAUACCUUACCUUUUACAAAACGGGCAUCUCACACGUCCGGCAAACAUUGAAACUCGCCAAGACACUGCGCGAAAAGGCUGCUCAAAUACCCAACAAAAGCACGAGCGAGGUUCUGACAAGAGCGGAAUGGCAGAUUGUGCGAAGAAGCAGGUCAGACGCGUUGAGGUUACCGGUAUUCGGCCUCUUGGUCUUGUUACUUGGAGAGUGGUUACCACUUGUUGUCAUGUACAUUACGCCCGUAAUUCCAGAGGCGUGCAGGAUACCGCAGCAAGUUCAGCGUUCAUUACGGAAACUCGAGGAUAAGCGGCAAGAUCGGUUGAGAAGGAUCGCCCUAGAUGCCAUGCGAUUGAUGAGUAGGGACCGUCCACCCAUUGGCACUGCGACUUCAGCCGCGCCAUCCAUUUCCCUACCAAAGAGUGGACAGAUCAUGCCAGUGACCACGAAGAAAUGGAACGAGAUGACGCUCUUUGAACUGUCACUUACCGCCGCACAACUCGAUUGCUACCCUGCGAUAUUUGACUGGCUGCCUUUGACGGCACCCAAGUUUCUCUUACAACGCAAUGUUAGGAAGAAGUUGGAGUACUUGAAAAUUGACGAUAAGUUGAUUGAGAGAGAUGGUGGAUGGGCAGCUCUUGGCAAGGAGGAGCUCCAAAGGGCUUGUGUGGACAGAGGUCUACCAGUGUUGGGGAAGAGAGAGGAUGAGCUCAGGAAGGCGUUGGCGAAGCUCGAGGGGUGA